AUGGCCAGUCGUCUCUCCAAAUUAGAGGCUGAGAAAUUGGCUAUUAUUCAACAAUCUAUGUCGAACAGAGGUAGGUCUCUCUCUCCAUCGGGGAAUAACUCUAGAUCUUCGUCUGCUCUGGCCGAUGACUUCAACAAUAGAGAAAUGAAAUGGUCUAUCAUCAAUCACGACCCCCUGGAAAGGAUCCAAGGAGAGAAUUCGACAGGAGCUGCAGCAGGCGAGGAAAUGUGGGACGACGAAAAUAGCGAAGAGGAACACAUCAGUGACGACUACGAGGGUGAGAAGUUUGAGUACAACGGAACGGGGAAUAUUCUUCCUAACUAUGCAUGCCACGACGAGAAGAUGACCGAAAUCUCAUCGAUCUUGGAACAUUCCAACUUAAAUGACCAGGAAACCAUCAAAAAACUCGAGGAGCUCACUGCAAAUGAAAGGGCUGUGGCCAACGCUAAGAAGAUUGGUUCAAAUGUAGACAAUGAUGUUGUGGCCAAACUAGCUGAAAACAAGCACGCGUUAACCGGGCAGGACAAGUUAGAUCUUAACAAGUCAGAUCAAGAUGCUGAAUCCAGGAGGCAGAAAUUAGAGGCUUACCAAGCCUAUCGAAGGAAGAUCAUCCACCAGGAAAAUGACAACUUACGGGGGCGUCAAUCACCGUCGUCCAAGAAAAGUGACGAUACUACGACUGAAGGGUCAGAUGCUUCCGAAUUCAUGAUACCAUACACCUCAGCUGUGGAAGAUAAGUUGGACUCUGAGUUUGCAUUCCAGCUCAAUGAGACGAUUAAAGAGGGAGAAGUUGAUUCCAACAUUUCUCAAUCAAGGGUGAUCCAAACGAUUACUCGAGGGAACUUCUUCCAACUUAUCAAUCCUCAAAUCAAACCAAAGAUGUUUUUGCUAUGCAUGGACUUUAGUCCCGAAUCUAUUUUCGCUCUUGAGUGGUGUUUGGGAACUGUUUUAGUGGAUGGAUCUGUUCUUUUUAUCGUUUGUGUGAUUGAGGACAACGACACCAAUCACCAAUUGAAAGGAAACACUCUGAAUGAAUCUGCAAGAGAAAGUGCUCGAUUGAACAUGCUUAACAGAGCAAAACAACAGGUUUUGAAUUUGCUCAAGCUCACGAAAUUGCAGCUUCAUAUAGUGAUUGAGAUCAUACACCAUCCUAUUCCCCGCCACUUGAUCUUAGAGUGCAUUGACAAUUUGCAGCCAACACUCGUUGUUGUCGGUUCGAAAGGCCUGAGCGCCAUUAAGGGAGUUUUGUUAGGGUCGUUGUCAAAUUAUUUGGUCACUAAGUCUUCUGUUCCGGUCAUGGUUGUGAGGGAGAAGCUUAAGAAGAUCAACAGGUUCAAGAGUGGUUCAUCGAUAUUCUCCAACAAUAUCAAGCCUUUGACGUUGUCAGAAGCUAGAGUGGAUUAA